AUGGGUGGUUGUUGCUCUAGACGUUAUUUUGAACGGGAGGAUGGAGCUUUGAACUACCGUAUUAUCGAUGGUAGACGAUAUCAUAAUCUUUCGAAUUCAGUGUAUUUUCUCGCAAAUGAUGAUGAAGAAGCCUAUCGUUUAAGUAGAUAUCAUGAGGUAAUAAAAGAUAUUUGGGGAGGACUGUUUAAUUCACCUGUUGAAGAGAAAUUGAGACAAGGAGCUCGUGUUAUUGAUAUUGGAUGCGGAUCUGGAUUAUGGAUUUUGGAUAUGGCAAACCAGUAUCCUAAUUCCAAAUUUAUAGGAAUAGACAUAUCUCCAAUACAUCCAACAGAAAGUCUUCCUCCAAAUGUGAAGUUUGUUCAAUAUAAUGUGUUAGAUGUAUUACCAUAUGAAGAUUUUUCUUUCGAUUUAGUUCACGCAAAAUUCAUGGUUGCUGCUUUUACGGAAACACAAUGGGAAGAGAAAUUUAUUCCAGAAAUGAUAAGGUUAGCUCGGCCAGGUGGGUGGGUCGAGAUCCUAGAAGGUCUUCCUGUUGAAUCUAAUGGAAGCGUUACAAAGAGAAUUAUGAAAGCUAGUAAGUAA